AUGUUGAGACAGACGAUUGCCAGCGCUGCUGGGUUGAAGCCGCGGAAGAAAUUGCACUUCGAAUUGGGCUAUGUACCAAUCAACCUGUCUGAGUUUGCUGGAGCAGGUGUAGUUCAAAGAAAGUAUCUCCUGGAGAGUUACAAUGAAAAUAAACAUAAACCAGACAACUCUAUCCUGAGAGUGAAGUUGGUACUGCGGCAAACUUCAGGAGACGUUCUCUUCAAAGCACCUCGACCUCCAGUGUGGGAAAUCAGUGAACCUGCAGAACAAGACGAAGGAAUCCAAGCUGACUUGCAGUCAUCACGACGUGUCAGUCACAAUGCUCGUGUGUCUACAGCCAGUACACUCAGUGGAUUCAGUGGCGGUAGUGGGAGUGGAAACGUUCAUGUUGGUUCCAGUCUACAAGACAUGAGAAGCCAUGUCCUGGCCACACCACCAGAGACCAAGAGCAGCUCUGCCUGCAGCUUGCAUGCCAGGCCACAUGCUAGCAGUGACUCAGGGUCUUCUGAGUACGAGAGUGCUAGUCAACACAGCUCAGCCAGCAGCCAUGAAAUGAAGGGAACUGAAACAAAAGACAGUCAGAUGUGCCAUCCAGCCAAAGACAAGCCGGCUUAUGUGGGCCAGAACGCUAAUAGCCGCGCUGAACGCAGCAACUCUGUAGCCGAAAGUGAGUUACGGCUUCCUACACAGCUGCCACCAGACAGUUACAGUUUGUCUUACCCGCGCUUCCAUCGCCGCGAAUCUGGAAGUGGUAGUGGCUCGCCCUCCAAGGUCCAGCAUCGCCGCAUUCAGAGCCUCUCUAUAACUCCUAAUAGCUCUCGCUCCACUUCUGCCUACUCCACUUUGUCCGAACGUUCGGCACAUGCAGUUGCCAUUGAGGAUACGGAGUCAUUGGUAAGUGCUAGGACCAGAGUCACGACUCAGACUCAGGUGGAGCAGAGCAGGGUUGAUGCUGGCAGUGUCAUUGACGAACUGCUCCAGCAGCAGCAAAGUGACCUAGGCUGCUCGGCUGAGGAGGAGCCCCCAGGCCUCCAGAUAUAUGUUGACAGAAGUAAGGGAGAUGUUGUGGUUGCUGGAGCAGACAUGGAAAGGGACGUGCCAGGCCCAACCCUAGGGCAACUCAUGGACUACUGCUAUACGUCAGCAGUUGAGGUGACUGAAGAGAACGUGCAGGCUCUACUGGCGGCAGCAGACCAACUCCAGUUGCCAUGGGUGGUUGAGGUCGCCUGUGAAUUUCUCCAGCAUCGCCUUGAGCCUUUGAACUGUCUCUCGAUUGCAUCUCUGGCAGACACGCACUCCUGUCCCGCUCUACAGAGGGCCGCAGAAGCUGUUGCUCUGCAUCACUUCCCUGAGGUGGUGGAGAGUGCAGACUUUCUUCAGCUUCCACACACUCAGCUAAUAAAACUUGUAGGCAGUGAUGACGUGAAUGUGGAGCGAGAGGAGGUGGUGUACACAGCUGUCAUGAAGUGGAUCAAAGGAAAUGUCGAUUCACGCAGGGAGUAUCUGCCAGAGCUACUGAAAUGUGUACGCCUUUGCUUGCUGGAGCGUAGCUACCUCGUGAUGGAAGUUGGUAUGGAGCCACUUAUUAGGAGCUGUAAUGUAUGCCGUGACCUUGUGGAUAAAGCCAAAGAUUUUCUUCUGCUGCCUGAGAGACGAUCAUCAAUGGCUGGUCCUCACAUGUUGCCAAGGAGAAAGAUGCAGGGAGGGGAAGCACUGGUGGUUGUAGGUGGCUGGUGUAAUGGUGAUGCAAUUGCUACAGUGGAGAUGUACUCUAGCAAACAUGAUGACUGGAAAGUUGUGGCUACAAUGACCAAGAGGAGGUGUGGGGUGGGAGUGACCAACCUCAAUGACAUCCUUUAUGCUGUUUGUGGGCAUGAUGGGAGCACGUACCUCAACAGUGUGGAACGCUAUGAUCCAAAGUGUGACCAGUGGAGCUGCCAGGUUGCAGCUGCAGGGUGCUCUCGUACCAGUGUGGGUGUGGCUGUAUUGGGAGACUGUAUAUAUGCAGUGGGUGGGCAAGAUGGCUCGGCUUGCCUCUCACUUGUAGAGCGGUACAACCCAAGCACCAACAAGUGGCAGCAAGUGUGCUCCAUGACAAGUCCUAGACUAGGUGUGGGGGUGGCCAGUCUAGGUGGCUGUCUGUAUGCAGUGGGUGGGUCCGAUGGAACGUCACCACUAGCCAGCGUAGAGCGGUACAAUCCCCAGAGAGAUGAGUGGACUCUGGUCAGUCCAAUGGCUGAACUUCGCAAGCACUUGGGAGCUGCAGUUCUAAAUGGAUUGUUGUAUGCUGUGGGUGGCAGGAACCACACCACAGAGCUACGGUCUGUGGAGAGGUAUGACCCACAGCUGGACCAGUGGACCGGUAUGAUAGACAUGACAUGCUGCAGGAGUGGAGUGGGACUGGCUGUCCUCAACUCCCAACUCUUUGCAGUGGGGGGAUUUGAUGGCUCCAGCUAUCUGAAGAGUGUGGAGUGGCUGGAUGAGAAGGACAAACAGUGGAAGCUGGCUGGGAGCAUGAGCUACAGAAGACUAGGCUGUGGAGUUGGAGUUGUGUGGACCACUCGACCUAGCUAACUCAUAAUUUUGCAUCAAUUUUUGUAGCUGUGCCAGUUUACAAUGCAAAUGUAAUGUAUAGCACAUUAUGAAGAAAUGCUGGAACUCUGAUGGCUUGACAUUGUGUCUCAGUGAGACAUCUCCAGAACUUUAAUGUGGCCCUGACUAUUUGCAGCAAGCAGAACACUGCUGUUCCCUCUCCAGCUCACGGCACUAACAAACUCUGUGGACUGACUGCUAUCACUGUUGUCGCCAGCUACACUGCUUGGCUAGUGGGCAGGGAGCAGCAUCCACUGAUCAUAACAAUUGGCUGGAAACUGCCUUACCAGCAGUCCACGAGGACAGUUGUACUGGUAGGUGAGCAUCGGACUGCUCACUUGCUUGGAAUAUACAUAGACAGCAUUGUUCUCACUGCCGCAGGCUAUGAAGUCUGGCGUCACACUUAGCCCCACAAAAUUCUUAUCAUUUGUGUGGCCUCGAUAUGUUCGGAUGCAGACACCAUUUGUCUGCCAGCACUUGAGUUCGCUGUCUGUGGAU